GACAUAUACAUUUACUCCUAUCAAUUUCUAUCACAAAUCAGAGCCAAAAAAUCUCAUUAAUCCUCAAACCCUGCAAAAUCAUACAAUGAUGAAAUCCAAUAUUCAACAAAUUCUUGAAAACCAAGUAAAACCCACCAUUUUGCAACCAUCAAUACUACUACCAAUCCUUCUCUUCUUGUUCUUCCUCUAUAAAUGGCAUCAACUAACACCCAGGAAAAACCUGCCUCCUUCUCCACCAAAACUACCAAUUCUAGGAAAUAUACAUCAGCUAGGAAGUCAUCCUUAUCGAUCACUAAAGUCAUUGUCCGAUAAAUAUGGAGAACUGAUGAUGAUUCAGCUCGGCAGUGUGCCUACGCUUGUAGUGUCCUCUGCAAGAGCAGCAAGAGAAAUAAUGGUAACCCAUGAUGUAAUAUUUGCCAAUAGACCCAUGUCAAAGAAAGGCCAAACACUUCUAUACCAUUACAAGGAUGUUGUAGGAGCACCUUAUGGUGAGUAUUGGAGGCAAAUGAAGAGUAUAUGUGUACUUAAUCUGUUAAGUAACAAAAGGGUUCGAUCAUUUCGUAGUGUACGAGAAGAAGAAACCGAUAAUUUAAUCAAAAAAAUAAGACAAGCAAAAUCUUUACCAGUUAAUUUGAGUAAGAUGUUCAUAGAAUUUAGUAAUGAUACUAUAUGUAGAGUGGCUUUUGGAAGAACGUAUAGUGGGGAAAAUGAAGGGAUAAACUUUAAUGAGGUAAUGAAAGAGUUUAAUAAGGUUCUUGCUGAAUUUAAUGUUGGGGAUUUGAUUCCUUGGCUUGGUUGGAUUGAUCGCAUUAAUGGGAGGGAUGCAAAGAUCGAUAAGAUUGCUCAAGUGUUCGAUGAGUUCCUUGAAAGGGUGGUUCGAGAACAUGAGGAUCGUUUGGUCGAACGCAGGAAAAAUAAGGACAGUGAUUCUUGUGAGCAAGUGAAGGAUAUUGUGGAUGUUUUGCUUGAUAUUCAAGAGAAUCAGACACUUCAAUUUCCAAUUGAUAGAGACUGUAUCAAGGCUCUCAUCCUGGAUAUGUUUUCUGCUGGGACUGAUACAACUUCCACCUUGUUAGCAUGGACAAUGUCAGAACUAUUAAGACAUACCAAAGUUAUGAAAACAUUGCAAAUGGAAGUUAGAGGAAUCAAAGGAGAAGAAGGCGAUAUAAAAGAAGAGAAUUUGGAACAGAUGAAGUAUUUGAAAGCGGUGAUCAAGGAGACUCUCCGACUACACCUUCCAGUCCCGUUGUUAAUACCCCGACAAUCAACACAAGACACUAAAAUCUACGGUUAUGACAUUCCUGCAAAAGCAGGAGUGAUCGUCAAUUGCUGGGCAAUACAUAGAAAUCCGGCUUAUUGGGACGAACCUGAGAAGUUUAAUCCCGAAAGAUUCAUGAAUUCUACAGUAGACUUCAGAGGGCAGGAUUUCGAAUUUAUACCAUUCGGAGCAGGUAGGAGGAUGUGCCCAGGAAUAUCGUUUGCCAUGGCGAGCAGUCAGUUGGUAUUAGCAAAUAUUCUGCACAAGUUUGAUUGGGAAUUGCCUGAUGGAUUAUGUGGUGAGACCUUGGAAAUGAGUGAGAGCUUUGGGAUAAAUAUGCAUAGAAACACUCCUCUUUUCGCGGUUGCCAGGGCUCAUAUAUGAUGUUUUGAAACUCUGUUACUUGUCACCAUGAGUUACAGGCACGCCCCACCUGACUCUUCCGACUCUAAAUAAUUUAUGUAUAUCAGCUAGUAUAAUAAACGAAAAAUAAAUAGUAUGUGCAAAAAUAUAAGUAUAUGUAGAGUUAUAAAUUUGGGUGUUCAGACGAAUUUGAGAAAUACAAGUAUGAUUAUGUUAUUCGAACAUAUUUGAUAUUAUAAGAAAAGCCACAAGUAUAUACAAAACUUUGACAUGUCCAUGAAACAUCUCCAAUUUAUUUGCCUGCAUUCACAGGAGUUGCAACAGCAAGAAGGGCAAUCUUCUUAUGGGCAGUAAUUUCAACACUUUCACUCAUAUCCAAAUUUUCACCAUCUGUUCCACCAGGCAACAUCCAAUCGAACUUGUGCAUAAGGUUUGCUAAUACAAGCUCAUUAACAGCGAUAGCAAAUGUAAUCUCGGGGCAUAUCCUUCUACCUGCUCCAAACGGAAUGAAUUGGAAGUCUUGGCCUCUAAAAUCUAUUGGAGAAUUCAAAAACCUCUCGGGAAUAAACUUGUCAGGCUUGUCCCAUGUAGCAGGAUCCCUAUGAAUCGCCCAUGUAUUGAUGAAAACACCUACACCUACUGGUCUAUCAUAUCCUUUUAUUUUUAUGUCAUGUAUUGAUUGUCGA